GUCCCAACUCACAAUUAAUACAGCGAUUGUGUACAUGCACCGAUUCUACAUGGUCCAGUCGUUCACCAGAUUUCACAGAAAUGUUAUUUCUCCCGCCGCGCUCUUCCUCGCUGCGAAGGUCGAGGAGCAGCCCCGAAAGCUGGAACAUGUUAUAAAGGUGGCCCAUGCAUGCCUCAAUCCUCAGGAUCCUUCACCAGAUGUACGCAGUGAUGCCUACCUGCAACAAGCCCAAGACCUGGUCAUUCUUGAGAGCAUAAUACUCCAGACCUUGGCUUUUGAAAUCACCAUUGACCAUCCACACACUCACGUUGUCAAGUGCACUCAGCUUGUCAGAGUUGUUCCAGCGAGUAAGGAUUUGGCUCAAACAUCAUACUUUAUGGCCACAAACAGUCUGCACUUGACCACGUUCUGCCUGCAGUAUAGUCCGCCGGUUGUGGCCUGUGUGUGCAUCCAUCUCGCCUGCAAGUGGUCCAACUGGGAGAUCCCCGUGUCUACAGACGGCAAACACUGGUGGGAGUAUGUUGAUCCCACAGUUACCCUCGAGCUGCUGGAUGAGCUCACACAUGAGUUCCUGCAGAUUCUAGAGAAAACACCCAGUCGGUUGAAACGGAUUCGCAACUGGAAGGCUGGAGGUCAGACACCAAAAGCCAAGACAAAAGUCCAGGAGGAAGGGGACCAGAGGGACGCCAUGAUGAGCAUGAUCUCCAUGGCCUCAUCAGAGAGCACCGUGGCGGGCCUGAUGAGCCUCUCAGCUCCACCUUCGGCCUCUUCUUCCUCAUCCAUGGGCGACAAGGACAGGGGUGCAUCUGGCAGCGCUCAGACUUGGAGUGGGAAAGGUGCGGCUGUAUCCGAGCAGCAGCAGCAGCCCAACAACGAGGUUCAUGCCCCAGCCAAGGUAUCGCUGAGUGAGUACCGCGCCAAGAACGCAGACGUCCUGGCCGCCCAGAAGAGGAAGCUGGAGAACAUGGAGGCCAGCGUGAAGAGGGACUACGCUAACGCUGCCCAGGCUCUCAUUGGUCAGCAGCAGAGGAAGGAGAAGCAGCAGCAUCAUCACCAGCAGUCCAGCUCCUCCUCCUCCGACGUGUCCAAUCCUUCGCCCAUUAUUCUGAAAAUCCCACUGGAGAAGGAGAGGCACGACCGGAGCUCUCUGAAAAUGCGCUUCCCCCUCGCUGGGGGAGGAGGCAGCGGGCACGGAGCCAGCGCCCGUCAGGAUCAGGACAUCAAAGUCAGAAUACGAGUGCCUGAGAAGCAACGAGGGAGUUCAGGGGAGGAGGGCAAGAGCAGGGACAAGCACAGGGAACGGUCCAACCACCACCACCAUCACCACCACCACCACCACCAUUCCUCUGGCAGUGCCUCCCUCUCCUCUUCACACAAACAUUCAUCCAGUACCGGCGGAGCGGUCGGAAGCAGCAAAAAAGUCCCCAGCGACUCCUCUAGAACGAGCUCUUCGUCCUCUUCCACCUCACGUAAGAGGACGCACUCCCAAGACUCCACGGCGGGCUCUCACGCUGCCUCUAAAGUCAGCAAGUCCUCUAGGAACCCCUACCAGCUGCCGUCCCUGUCGUCCUCUGGACAAACUCUGGGGCACGGUCCUGACAUUCUGCCCAACCUGGGCCUUCCCCUCCACCAGGGGAGCUAUUCACACUCCAAAGGCGACAAGACGGACACUAAUGGACACGGUGCGACAGGCGGAGCCCAGUCGAACGAGUACCAGGACACUUUUGAAAUGCUAAACUCGCUUCUGAGUGCGCAGGGGGUCCAGCCGUCCCAGCCGUCCAUGUUUGACUACAGAUCCCAAUAUGGGGAGUACCGGUACAGUGGUGGCUCCAGGGGGAGCAACCCCAGGCCCCCGCCCCUUCCUUCAGAACCACCUCCCCCACUGCCGCCCUUACCCAAAUGAGUUCCUGACGUAUUGUGUACAUUGUACUUGACGUCAGAAACAUCCAUGUUGUUACGUAAAGUAUUGUAUUCUUUUUUUAUUUUUAAAACUCACCCAACAUUUUUUUGUUUUGUUUUGUUUUAGUGUGACAGCAGCGAAAUGUAGUGGUGAGAUAAAUCAGUUUUCAAUCUUUUUCUUUUUACAGUUCACUUAUGGGGCAAUAAUGAGAGGCUUUAAAAGCUUGAAAAAUGUGAUAAAAAAAAUUUACAGAAAAGUGUAGAUAAUAUUUUUUUUUAACUCUUCUGUUUAACUCAAAUGUGAUGAUGAUGAUGAUGAUGGGACCUGGUAUUUUUACCAUCACUGUUUUUGGAGGAAGUCAUCGUCUUGAAAUCAUGAGGAAACUAAAAGAUUUCCAUCAUAUAUACCUGUUAGGUCUUCUUACAGAUUGUCUUUUUAUAAUGUUUUUAUAGUAUGUUAUUUAUUAAUUGAAUGCUUUUUAAAAAAACAAAAAAAAAGUCCCCUUUUGUACCUUUUUUAAGGUUUCCCCUCUAUGUUCUUUUUUGGGCAGAGGGAUAUUUCUCCAUCAAGACUGUACAGGCUAGUUUGAGAGUGCAUGUCUCCAAAGCCAUCUUUUCAAUAUUUUUGUCUUUUUUAAAUAUUUUCUUUAUUAUUUUUUUCUUUAACAGCCAUAACUUAAAAAAAAUAAGGUGACUGCCCAACAC